AUGGUUUUCAUCGACGAAUUGGAAGAAGCUCUUGUUGAUGAGGAAAGUGUUGCACUAGCGGACAUUUUCGCUCGAUUGUUGAGAUACGUAACGGGAAGCUCUGAAGUAUUGAUCUCCAAUUUUGAUACAUUUUUGCGAAACUUGUUGAUAAAAGAAAAUGCUGUAGUACCCCAUUUUCUUGAUAAUGGUACAACUUGGCAAGAUUUAACCCCUGAAGAAAAGCUUAGUACAUUGAAGUGGCUUAUUGAUCAUGUGUAUCAAGAAAAAGAAGAAGAUAUUGGUGAUUAUUUGGAUGAAAAUUAUAGUGCAGAUGAAUUGAGAGGUAUUUGUGCUGGACAAGAUGCUUUUAAUAAUAUCUACUGGUAUUUGGAUGAUUUAAGACUAUAUCGAGAAUACCCGCAUAAAAAGCAAAGUAAAAAAGGUUGGGAAUGUGUCUGUUUGACGUUGGCGGAUUGGAAUUCAUUUAUCAAGCAAUUCCGUAAAACCUCAAAUGUUCAAGAGAAAGAGCUGUAUACAUAUUUAAACUUUGAACUGUUUCCUAUUGUUGAACUUGAGCUUUUGAAUAAAAAGAAAGUAGUGCAGACAAAAGAAGAAGCUAAAAAAUAUCUUAUUAAAAGAGAACAGCAAGAUUUAAAGGUCAUGCUUGAAAAAAAAACUUUCUUAGAAUGUUCAAAUGGUAUUAAAUCUGACAUUAAUGGUGGAGAAACAAUUUCACAUGAAAAACAUAAUGGUGCUGUUUUACCAGUGAAAAGCUUAAGUGGAAAUGAUAUUUCUGAGUUUUUGAUGAAAUCAGAAGAGAACUGCAAAGGUUCUACCAUGAACAUUUGUGAUGGUCACUUAAGCAUAAGUGAAAGUGUGUGUUCAAUUAGUAACAGCUUAAAUUGCUCUACGAUGGACACAAAACCUAGUUCAGUUACAAACAUGUGUACAAAUUCUUGUUCAAAAUCUUGUUCUACAAGUUGUGGCAAUCCAUUAGAUACUUGCACUGUUUCAAGCAAUGGUUCUUGUGGAAAUGGCAACAAUUGCAUUAGUUCUGCUUCAGCCUCAACUCCUGUGCUUUCAUCUCAAGAUAUAAAAGCAGAAGCUAACCUUCCACAAUCUCUAAGUGAUACUCCCAGCGAUAGCAGUUCUGUUACUAGUAAUAAAGAAAAUGCACCUCCUUCAUCCGGAAAUUCUGCGAAUGAUAUCCCUCCUAUGUCUGCCAUGUCAAACAUGGUAGUGUCCACAUCAACGCCAGCCACUACUGCCUCCGUCCAGCCUUUACCCAGUAAUAUGGUUAACAAGACGUCCUUUCAGAUGGAUACUCAGUAUAUGCAACAACAAAGCCAAAUUUUUGUAUUUUCUACAGCUCUUGCCAAUAAAGCAGCAGAAUCAUUUCUUUCUCAACAAUUUCCAUCAAUCAUAGCAUUUCAUUGUGCACAACCAGGAACCAAAUCAUUUCUUGAAAAAUAUCCCUUAAAAGUUCAGCAAUUUAAUCGGCAAAAUCCUGCAGCAUGGUUGAAUACAUUAGCACAAAUGAAGCAGUCUGGUCGUCAAAUGAAAAAUCCUGUCAAUCAAUUUCCUUCACCUCAUAAUCCCAAUGGUCGAUUUCCCUGUCCGUCUGGACGACCACUUGGAGCACCUUGUGCUGCAGGUUGUAACAUGCAUGGGCCAAACAUGUGUUCCAUGCCACGUGGACCUUCUUAUGGUGGAAGCACUAUGGGUCCUGCUAUGCCUAAUGAAAUGUGCCCACAAUCAUGGCCAGGUCAACAAUUUGGACCAGGAGCAUCAUCGUCUUCCAUGAACCCAAGAUUUCCAGGUCCGAUGGCUGAAGGAAUAAAUGUCAGACAGAUGGGUCCAUCUGGAAGUCCCUUGUUAGGAUGUAUGGGCAACAUGAAUCCUAAUUCUGGUAAUACAUCUUUUCCGAAUCCUACACUUAAUGAAAUACAAAUGAUACAGGGGUCUGUUCAACGCCAGACGCUAAGUGGUGUAAAAGUUCCUGAUGAAAAUUUAACACCUCAACAACGCCAACAUAGAGAGGAACAAUUAGCAAUGAUCCGUAAAAUGCAACAGUUGUUAUUUCCUGAACAGCAACCAAUAGAUCCUGAACAAUCUGGUAUGGGUCCUAACUUAGGACCAGUUAUGGGUGAUGUACCUCUGCAACACGGACAGCAACCUCGGUUUGGCCCGGGUGAUAUGUGUGUUCACCCUGGAAUGGAUACAUGUUUUAGUCCUCAUCAGGCAUGUAUGAAUGAGCAUCAGCAUCCUCAUCCAUCUUCUGAUAUGUACAUGGGCUCAAAUAUGAUGGGACCUGGGUUCCCUCAACAAAACUUUCCUCCUUCAUCUGUUUCAGCUCAACUAGAGUGGCAAAAGUUACAGCACCAGUUUUUUGAAGACAGACGGAAGAAACAAGUCUGUGGAAAUACACCAGUACCUCACCCUACAUCAACUCCUGUAGGCCCACAGACAUCAAUGCCACAACCAUCACAACAAGCAUUGCAAACGCAACAAUCUAUGUCUCAACCACAAACUCCACAACAACAGAACUUAAACAGUCCAAGUCCAAGUUUGGGACUCAGCCCUGGCACAAGAAUGCAGGGUCCUCCCCCACCUUACCAUCAGACAACUCGAAGAGCUAUGCCCAGCCCUCAUCCUGCGUCACCAAAUACUAGUUCGUUAUCAUUACCAUCUCCUCGUAUGGCCUCAGGAUUGCCUUCACCAGCAGAUUCAGCAAGGCAAUUUCCACAUCCAACCCCUCCUGGCUCCAGAUUACCUCAUCCAAGUCCUGGUUCUGCAACACCAGCAGGGAGCAGCAGCUUGCACACAACUCCUCUUAAUUCCCCUAAGCCUCUUAACACAUCAGGUCCAGGCUCAAACAGUGGAACUUUAACGAGGACACCUACUACUCCUUCUAAUACAGCUUCAACACCAGUUGGGACUCCAACUAGUUCUUGUGCUCCAAUGCUUACAAAUUCUGGUCCAGGUACUCCAGCAGGCUCUUGUUCCUCAAACCGGAAACAAAACCAGCCAUGUAGUGGUGAUCUUCAGGAUUCAAAUUCUGUUGGUUCUGUUGCUAAUACAAACUCGGAAUUCUUAUCCAGUUCAUGUACCAUGUCCACACCUAACAAUACACAAGAAAUGUUUUGUCACAAUAUGCAUUCAUGUAGUCAGCCUCCUCAGAAGCAAGAUCAAUGUACUAGCCAUGGCGGGAUUUGCCAGAAAGAACCAAGCCUUAUGCCUGUUCCAUCUCCUCAACAAAUUCAGUAUCUUAAUGCAUUUGAUGGGCAAGAGCUUACUAUACAAAAACAACCUAACACUACAAUUAGGGAUUUAGAUAUGAUGUCACCAGCUAGCAUGCCUCCAUCCAUGGUGAUGAGUGCUGGCUCCCAUUCUCAGUUCCAGAGUCCUGAUGCAGCAUCUUUUCCUAACACACCUGGCAGCUGUCCCUCUGCUUUAGAAAAUAGUCAAGACAGCUUAAGCGGUCGCUAUCCUUCAUCGGCUCCAGCUAGUAUGGAAGGCAUGCAACGCUUCACAGCCCCCAGUCCUCAAAUGCCUGGUUUUGAUGGUGGACCCCGAUAUGUAAUGCCUGGUGCUCAGAUGGGAGACAAUUCAAUUCCCCGUUUUCCCAAUGCCCAGAAUUUGGACAUGAUGCGAAUUCCUGGACCUCAUUCUAUGGGUCAUUCACCAAUGGAUGACAGUGUGGUUAGGUUCCCUGGACCUGGACCUCAAGGGCCAAUGUUUGGACCUGGCUCUAAUGGGAGUAUGAAUAGUAUGGCUCGUUUUCCAAAUAGUGCUACUGAAGCAAUGCAAAGGUUUCGAGGCCCAAGUCCUCAUACAAAUAUGGAUAUUGUCCACUCAAGAUUUAUGGGAACAGGUCCUCACAUGUCAUGUGUUGAAAAUAUGGCACAGCAAUCACAGUUCAACAAUGUAAGAGAAGCAAUGCCUCAAAUUCCAUCACAGAACUUCCCUAAUUCAGCACAGACUAUGAACUCUCGUAGUAGUCCAUGUGUUAAUAAUUUUAUGAUUGAUGGAGGCAUGUCACACUCUCAUUUACAAAACUUGCAAAAAAUGACUCCUCCGUUUGAAAACAUGACUGGAAAUAAAGUAUCAUCAGAUGUCAUGUCACCCAUGCCGCAGUGCUCAAAUUCAUCUGUUAAUGGCUCUAAUAUCAAUAUGCCUCCAUAUGGUGAAGCUAGUCCAUUAACGUCAUCAUCACAAGUUAGCACAACACAGAGACUUUCUCACUUUGAUCCUAUUGCAUCAAUGGCAGCAAUGAGUGAAUCUACUGUUCCUCUGGUAACUGCUGGUGCAACUGCUCAAACUCAUCAAGAUAUGACAAAUUCUAACAUGAAUAUGACAAAUAUGCAAGUUGCUUGCAGCUCAGGAGGAGGCAAUCAACCUGCUGCAGUAAACUUUCACUCUAAUAUGCAAUCCAUGCAAAAUGUGAUGCAAAGUAGUGUCGCUUGUACAAUGUCUAAUCAAUAUGCCAUGCAUACUCAAAUGGCUCAUAAUGCAGGAUGUAGGCCCCAAACUGUAAAUAAUACAUAUGUCAAUGCAAAUAUGUCAAUUCAGCAGCUUAAUAUACAGAAUGUUGUUACGACAGCUUCCUAUAAUGUAGGUGGUCAAGGACCAAACAUGAAUCCACAUUCUAUUCCUGCAAAUUGCCAAGGAAAUGGAGCUAAUACAAUUAGCUGCUCUGUCACAACUAAUCAUCCCAUCAUGCAUACAGCAGUUACUACCAGAACUACAAAUGCCAAUAUAGUCAUGACUGGACCUAGGCUUGGGCCUCAAAACUUUCCUGGGCAAUCACUUGUACAGAGAAAUGUGUCGCCUGCUAAUGCAGGCAGUCCUACUUUGAUGGUUAGAGGGGCUCCUUUUAACAGUACAAACAUUCAAGUUAAAGCAAAUGCCCCUAACACAAUCCAGUACUUGCCUGCUCGGCAACAAAGCACAGCUCCAGCAUCAAAUCGUCCUCCUACAUUGGAAUUCCUUCAGAGGUUUGCUGCCCCUCUGACUAAUUUAGACAAUAAAGUUCCGACGCACAAUCUUCAGUACUUUCCUAACAGUGGGGGCAAUAAUGCACCCACUGUUCAUACCGGUGUUGGUAUGAAUCCUGCAUCAGGAAAUGUAGCACCUGGUAUGAUGAACAGCCAAAGGCCUGUAAAUAUAAUGAUGGGACCUAUGAUGAGGGGAGCUAGUCCUAAUGUUUCUCAUCCAAACAAUCAGAUGUAUCCAGUUGGUUCUGGUCUUCCAGGUCAAGAGACACCUAUGUUUGGUCGCCCACCUUGCCCGUCCGUCACUAAUCAAAUGAUCCCAAUGAAUGCAAUGAGUGGAGGCCAAGGUGUUGCUAUGUUUUCAAAUAAACAAAUGCCCUUACCAAUGGGAGGCAUGGCACCAGAAGCGACACAACCUUUACCUCCCUCAAUGGGCCAAUCAUUUAACUAUAAACAGUCACCAUUUUAUGGUCCAACAACAGCUGAUCCUAAUUAUGCUGUUCAGUUUCAUAACUUUCAGCAGCAGCUAUAUGCAACAAAUACUAGAGCAAGUCAAAUGACUUCACAAACUAACAUGGGUGGCCAAGGUUUUUUUGGACCUAAGUAAAUUAUUACCAAACUUUAUUGCUGAUGGUGCCAUUUUCAGCUGUUAAGUUUGGGUAAAAUUUGGAAGGAGUUUGUGUUGAACACAAAUUCUUCCUUUUACGUUCCUGCCAAUGUGGCUUAGCUAUUGUAUUGUUAUGGACAGAAAAGUAGUCACUCAUUUCUUUAAAAAUGUAAAUAUUCUCACUUAACAUUCUGUAGCAUAAAACUUGUACAGACUUUUAUUGUUUGUAUAUAAAUAUUACUAUGCCAAGUAUGUACAU